AUGCUCGACGAAAAUCUUCCCACAUUCUUUCUUAAGCCAUCACCUGACAGUAUAGCCCACCACCGAGCAUACUACUUCUCACAGCAUGGCUCCGAGCCGGAGUUGGCCUACUCCUUGAAACACCUCGACCCUGCUUCUCCCACAUCCAAGAACAUCUACGCAGCCGCUCUUUUCGACUCUCACAGUCCGGAUGUGCUUUUCGCCGAGGUUCUCGUCAAGCCCGCCUGGACGCAGCCAACACUUUCACAAGAGGAGAUACGCAAAAAUGGCGGGGUACCUCCGCCGCCGCAACCUAUCCUGCCAUCAGAUUUCACCAUACAGCUAUACAACCCCGAGCAGCAAGUAGUCGUAACGCAAAAGACCGGGACGUGGAGCGGAAGCUCUUCGUACGAGUUCAGGCUGCCGCAGCAUACGUUCAGGCUGCCGCAGCAUACGUUCAGGCUGCCCAGUGGUUCGGCACUCGACCGGAGCCUACAUGAUCCGAGUGCGGAUGCCAGCACCCCGAAGCUGAACUUCGUCUGGAAGAGAGAGAGCAAGCUAUCGAAGGACUUCACGUGCUUUUUAACGGGCAAGUCAACAGACCCGCAAGGCCGGAAGAAGAGCAAGGAGCCGGAUAUCGCAAUAGCGCUGUUUAGCUCUCUACGGGAAGUCACUAUCAUCGAGUCGAACCUAUAUCGCGUUGAUGUCGAGGACCCGAAAGGGCUGGAGGUUGUUCUGCUGCUUGGAGCAGCGGUCAUAAAGGAUAUGUACUUUGGGCAAAUGAAGGAUACAUUCAAUAUCGGCGAGACGGCGAGGAAGAACAGUGGCGGUCUGCUAGGCCGUAAAAACUCGGCGCCGCUUGACACUGCAGUCUCACAUCCUCAUGCGCCGGCCCGUCUUUCGCCGCCAGUCCAGAAAGGCAUAGGCCCAGGACAACUGCGUUGGGAAAUUGAAGCCGAAACCGCUCGUCUCCGCCAACAACAAGAAGCCGAGGAGCGUGACCGACGGCGCGGAGAGGAGAUCCAGCGGCGGGAGCGCCUCCGAGCCGAAGAAGCAGAGGCCAAGCGCAUCAGAAAGAUGGUCGAGGCAGAGGACAAGGAACGGAGGCGGCGCCAGGCGGAAGUAGACAAGGAGACGGAGCGGCUGAGGAAGAAGUACGGAACCCAAGAGAACCUUGCUCUGACGCGGGUACCGGUUCCGCAAAGGCACUCCGCUCCGCUACUGCGUCAGCCCUACUCGAGACCCGCGGGGCCAUCGCAGCCUCAGAAUUGGGUCCCUAGGCCAGUGCAGGCUGUGGUUCAGCCGAGGCCACCGCAGCAGAUGAGGCCGGUGAAUGGACCCUAUUUGCAGCCUGCUGGGCACCGUCCUAGUGCUUCGACGAGCACGUUCUUCAACGGUGGCGGGUCGUUGCAGCCUGGUGAGGAACAGAAAAUGAAGAGCAGGAAGAAGAGUUUCUGGGGUCUGAGGUCGAACAGUGAGGGGGCGAACUCGAACAAGCUGGCCAAGAAAAAGAGCAGUAUGUUCUAG